GCCGUCCUUUUUGGUGACGUCGUCGCUGCGUAGCACCAGCAGCGGCGGCCACUAUGGCGGCGUACAGAGUCACUCCUGGCUUUCAGAGAGUUUUGCGAGCUGUGAAGCAUGCUUCCCUGCGGCCACAGUUCUGUGUCAUAAGCUGUCAUGCUCAAUACUCCACUGUUUACAACCCAAAUGAAAAGACCUUUGAUAAGAUCCUCAUUGCAAACAGAGGAGAGAUCGCCUGCAGGGUGAUUAAAACAUGUAAGAAGAUGGGAAUCAAGACCGUCGCUGUGCACAGUGACGUGGACUCAAGUUCGGUUCAUGUGAAGAUGGCGGAUGAGGCCGUGUGUGUGGGCCCCGCUCCCACCAGUCAGAGCUACCUCAACAUGGACGCCAUCAUGGAGGCCAUCCGACAAACUGGAGCUCAGGCUGUUCAUCCUGGCUAUGGCUUCCUCUCUGAGAACAAAGAGUUUGCCAGAAGGCUGGCAACUGAGGGAGUCACCUUUAUUGGUCCCGACACGGAUGCCAUCCAGGCGAUGGGGGACAAAAUCGAGAGCAAACUCAUUGCCAAAGCGGCCAAAGUCAACACCAUUCCUGGCUUUGACGGGGUGGUCAAGGAUGCAGAGGAGGCUGUGAAGAUUGCACAGCAAAUCGGUUACCCUGUUAUGAUCAAAGCAUCAGCCGGUGGUGGAGGAAAAGGCAUGAGGAUCGCCUGGAAUGAAGAGGAGACCAGGGAAGGCUUUCGUUUCUCCUCUCAAGAAGCAGCAUCUAGUUUUGGGGAUGAUCGGCUACUUAUUGAGAAAUACAUUGAUAACCCAAGACACAUCGAGAUCCAGGUAUUAGCUGAUAAGCAUGGUAAUGCUCUGUGGCUGAACGAGAGGGAGUGUUCCAUCCAGAGGCGAAACCAGAAGGUGGUGGAGGAGGCGCCCAGCACGUUUUUGGACCCAGUUACUCGGCGGGCGAUGGGAGAGCAGGCGGUUUCUUUGGCUAAAGCUGUUCAGUAUUCUUCAGCUGGAACCGUUGAGUUCCUCGUUGACUCCAAGAAAAACUUCUACUUCCUAGAGAUGAACACACGCUUACAGGUGGAGCACCCCAUCACAGAGUGCAUCACAGGGUUGGACCUGGUGCAGCAGAUGAUCCGUGUUGCUAAGGGUUACAAGCUCCAGCACAAACAAGAAGACAUCCCUAUCAAUGGGUGGGCUGUAGAGAGCAGAGUCUAUGCUGAGGACCCCUAUAAGUCGUUUGGUCUUCCUUCCAUCGGUCGGCUCUCUCAGUAUGAGGAACCUGUAAACCUGGCUGGAGUGAGAGUCGACAGUGGUAUUCAAGAAGGAAGUGACAUCAGCAUCUACUAUGACCCCAUGAUCUCCAAAUUGGUGACUUACGGAUCCACACGAGAUGAGGCGCUGAGGAAAAUGGAAGAUGCUCUUGAUAACUACGUCAUUAGAGGCGUUACCCAUAACAUUCCUCUCCUGAGGGAGAUCAUCGUCCACCCUCGUUUCAUCUCUGGUGACAUCAGCACCAACUUCCUCCCUGAGGUUUACCCCGAAGGGUUCAAAGGUCACUUGCUGUCGACCGGGGAGCAGCGUGAGCUCCUGGCGGCGGCCGCUGCUCUCUACGUGGCUGCUCAGCUCCGAUCACAGAAGUUUCUGGGACCUCAGAGAGUAGCUAGUGUUCCUCAGGAGAGGAGCAGCUGGGAGCUGUGUGUGGAGUUGGAUAAAGGAGUUCACAUGCUGGGUGUGUCCCGCUCUGGAAGCAGCUACACAGUGGAGAUCGAUGGAGAGAAAGUGGUGGUGUCUGGGGAGUGGAAUCUGGCCUCUGCACUGCUGCCCCUUACUAUUAACGGCAGCCACAGAGUUUUGCAGUGUCUGUCCCGUAACUCUGCUGGGGAAAUCGCUCUGCAGUAUCUGGGCACUUCGUUUAAGGUGCGUGUGCUGAGUAAGCUGGCAGCAUCUCUCAGUAAACACAUGCCAGAGAAGAUUCCUGAAGACACCAGCAGUAUCCUAAGAUCACCCAUGCCUGGGACAGUGGUGGCUGUGUCUGUUAAACCUGGAGAUACGGUGGCAGAGGGACAAGAGAUUUGUGUGAUUGAAGCAAUGAAGAUGCAGAAUAGCAUGACCGCUGCAAAAACAGCCAAGGUCAAGAGUGUACACUGUAAAGCCGGUGAGACUGUGGGAGAGGGCGAUCUUCUGGUGGAGCUGGAAUAACACAUACCUACUGUCUGCUGCCCAACCUGGUACUUACCCUGCAGACAAACCAACAAAGACACUAGUAGCCUAGACGAGGCGUUCCCCAUCACUUUGCUUUCUGUUUCGUCUUCGCUUUUCUUUUUUCCAGUCUUUCUUUGUGCUGGUGUUGGGCACGUUAAGCAUCUUCUUUGACUUUCCGGAUCAGAUUGCAACAAAAGGAAAAUUGGAAAGCAAAAUCACUCCAGUGCCUUUGCGAGGUUUGGGCAUGUCCAGUGUUGGUCGGUAAUCAGCUAGUAAAGAUGUAAUUGACUAGUCAAGUAUAAUGUCGCUGCUCUAUGAUGACAACAUCCAACUAUGGCCACUUGCACCACCAUAACAAGAGAGAAAUUAAUAAUGCUUAGUGUCUAACCGUGACAGGUUCUUGAUUAGUCCAUGCUCUGCCCACAAAUACAUUGUUUUGUAGCAUUUGUAGUUGCUAUAUUGUAUAAGCAUUAUAGAACAUUGGCAAAAAUCCUGUUCAACUUAAUGUGAAACUGUAACACAGAACUCAUUUUGUCCAAAUAUGUAAAUUCUUCACAUUCACAUUGGACGUCUCCAGAUUUAAAUGCUGCACUACUGAGCUAAAAUAUGUUGUUGCUAAUCAGAACUAGGCAGGUUGGAGUUUUAAAUAAAUACCACUCCAAAUGUAGGUAUUCAGACAAAGAAUUUCUGUGUUACAAUAUCUCAUUAUGUUGAAUGUGAUUUUACCAAUAUUCUGUACAGCUGGUGCAGCCUUUCAACAAGCUAGCAUUUGUGAGCAGAGUUUGCAGUAGCAUUAAGAAACACCUGUUCUUAUCUGUUGUCCUCCUUCUAUUUGUAUAGGAUUGUGCAAAGUAGCAAAUGACUCCUCAUUCCACUAGUAGAACCAGUAGAGCUGUUUUCUUUGCACAUUCCACUGUAUUUUCACCCAGGAGUGUGGUUUACAGAAUACAAAUGUAGGAAGCGACUCCAUUCAAGACCUUUUUUUUUAAAAAGCAUUAAAAUGAUCCUUGUCAACACGCAUCCAUUUCAACAAUCCGACUCGUUGAUUUUUUAUUGCCCUUACCAUGUCUCUUUUGUAAUGUGCGGAUGGUAAAAUCACUAAGGAUUGUUGACAUUUCACCUCUGUCUCAUCACUGACAUCUCCUAUGAGUAUUUACUUCUUUAUAAGAAAUUAUCCAGGUUCACUCAUCAUGCUUACUGUAUUACAUUGAGGAGGUUUCAUUAAUGAUUUGUAUGUUUGCUCAGUAGGUUAAAAACACCUUCAGUUGUUUGAGGUCUAUAAACGUCUGAAUGUUAAAAAAAAGAAGUGUUGAUUGAUAUCUUAUGAUAUUUAAGCUCUUGGAUGACCAAGUUGAAACAUUAUGUCCACCAAAUUUUCAAAUCUCCACAUAUUUUACUUGAAAAUGUGAAUGAAACUGGUGCCCUGGGUGACGUCUGGUGGAGCCGACGGAUCAAACCUCACCGAAGUUCAACUUCGUUCUCUUCCCGUCAUGAUAGAACUACGCAACAAAUCCUGGAGUCAUGUUCUGAUUGUAAAUGUUUUUAAGAGUCGCUUUUGUAAUAAUAAAAACAGGACUCAUGGGAAAGAG